CGAGCGGAUUGUAUCUCUGCAAGUCUGCAUCACGCGACCAAAAAUAAACCCGCGGAGAAAAGAAAAAAAAAACACAGAGAGAGAGAGAGAGAGAGAGGAGACAUGGGAGAGGAGAAGGGAGAGAGAGUAGAGAGACGGGAAGCGAUGGCGGCGGCGGCGGAGGAGGAGGAGCCCGAGCAGGUGCCCAUGGUGUUGGUGGCGCCGGGGAAGCUGGUGACCCCCGAGCAGUUUCAGCGAGCCCGAGCCCUACCGCGCCAGCUGGCGGCGGUGGCGGCGUCCCCGCGGCAACCGCGCCCGCUCGCCAUGCAGCAGCAGCAGCAGCAGAUGUCGCAGUCGAUGAUCUUCGGGCGGCCGUCCGCGCCGGCGCCGACGACGCUGCAGGGGUUCGGGUUCGGGCGCGGCGCAGGCCCUGGUGCGGCGGCGGUGGCGGCGCGUUCGGCCGAGGGGGAUGGGGAUGGCGGCGCCGCGUCUCGCCAUGCAGCAGUCGACGACAACGACGAUGAUGCAGCAGCAGAAGGGAUUCGGGUUCAGCGGCGCUGGACCAGCGGCGGUGGCGCCUUCGCCGCGCGGGAUGACGAUGGCUGUGGGGCCGCGUCUCGCCGCGCAGCAGAAGCAGAGGCAGCCUACCCUCGCGCCGCCGCCGCCGCCGCAGCAGAAUCAGGGCUUCAGCGGGGCCGGGGCUGGGGCGAUGGGGGUGCCUUCGCCGCAGGGGAUGGCGGUGGGAACGCGUCUCGCCAUGCAGCAGCAGCAGCCGUCCAUGAUCCCCGCGCCGCCGACGAUGACCACGCAGAAGCAGCAAGGAAUGGUGUUCGGCGGUGGCGCAGCGGGAGCGGGGUUAGCGCCUCCUUCGCCGCGGGGGACGCCAAUGGCGACGGGGCCGCGUCUCCUCAUGCAGCAGCAGCAGCCGUCGACGAUCCUCGCGCCGCCGCCGCCGACGCCGACGCGGCAGAAACAGCAGGGAAUCGUGUUCGGCGGUGGCGCAGCAGCGGGGGUGGCGCCUCCUCCUUCGCUGCGGGGGAUGCCGAUGGCGUCUGGGCCGCGUCCCGCUAGGCAGCCGCAGCGCAAGCGGAAGCAGCGGACCCUCGCGCCGCCGCAGCAGAAGAAUCAGGGCAUCGGCGUGUCCGGGGCCGCGGCUGGAGCUGGAGCUGCGCCCGUGUCUUCUCCGCCGAGCGGGAUGUUGGCGGCGGUGGAGAUGGCGUUGGGGGAUAUGGCGGAGGACGCUCGGAAGGCGUGCAACCCGGACAUCACGACGCCGUUCGCCUCCGUCGAGGACGCCAUCAGCAGGCUGCUUCCAUACAACGUGUACGCGGAGUACGAGGAGGACGAGAUCUACGUCGAGGACCAGCCGCCGGCGAAGGACAAGUCGAGCGUGCAGGAGUGGGAUGACGACCGCGAAGCCGAGGUGAUCCGCAUGGCGGAGGAGUUCGAGAAGCUGGUGCUGACCUACAACGUCGCCGUCCGGAAGUCCGGCGCCGGCGCCGCCCGCGGCGAGGAGCGGCUCAUGGUGGAGAACCUCCUGCUCGCCGACGAGCAGCGCAAGUCGGAGCACGUCAGCGCCCUCGUCCGGCAGCAGCAGCAGCAGCUGGUGGCGCUGCAGAAGCAGCAGCAGCAGCAGGAGGAGGCGGCGCUGCAGCGGCAACGGAUGCAGCAGCAGCAAGCCCUGCAGCGGCGGCAACUCUUCCUGGAGCAGCAGCAGCAGCAAGCAGCGCUGCAGCAGCAGCUCAUGCUAGAGCAGCAGCAGCAGCAACAGAUGAUGGCAGCGCUGCAACAGCAGCAGCUGGCGAUCUUGUUCCACGACCAGCCGCAGCAACCGGAGCCGCUGGGGCCGGCGUACUGGCUGGCGCCCGUGCAUGCCGUGCCGCCGCCGCCGCAGCAGCAGCAACAACCGGAGGAGGGGCAGGCGGGUGGCGCGGCCACCGAGAUGGCGCCGCAGCCGUUGAGGGAGCUUCGUGAUUCGUGCUAGACAAUGAUCUGAUCGAGCAUGCGCGAUCGUUUUUGUUGGCUUCGUGACUCUUUUUUGGUCCAUAUAUAGAUAGAGCUGAGCAGUGGCAUUUGGCAUGUGAAUUGUGAACCUGAUUCUUCGAUUGACAAAGACCCAAGUUUUGGUUUAUGAAA